GUGCACACUGUAGAGUCGCUAAAUAGCGAGCCUGCUGAUGUCAUCGGGAGUAGCUCAAUUGGAAAUAAAAGAUAUUCCUUUAAAUCAUCUUCACUAGAUCUCUUGAGAGGCAGCGUGUGUGGUUCACUGGCGGAACAUUUUGCAGACGGAGCAAUCAUGUCAGAAUACAGCUCUUUGCUGAAAGAUCUUUGCGAGAACAUCACUAACGAGGAUCUGGAGCAGCUGAAGUCAGCCUGCAAGGAGGACAUCCCUGAUGACCAGAGCAACUCCAUCACCUCUUCCAAAGAGUGGUUCAGUUACCUGGAAAAAAAUGAUAAGCUAGCUCAAGAUAACCUUUCCUACAUUGAGCGCAUCUUUGAGAUCUCGCGGAGGCCUGAUCUUUUGACCCGGGUCAUCGAGUACCGUACAACAGUGCUGAAGAUCUCAGAAGAUGAUGAAAUUGACACCAAACUCACACGAAUCCCAUCGGCCAAGAAGUACAAGGAUAUCAUUCGCCAACCUUCAGAAGAUGAGAUUAUCAAGUUGGCCCCUCCUCCUAAGAAAGUCUAAAGUUGAAGUUUGUGACCUUUCUUCUUUGUCCAUGACAUUCCACCUUGUCAAAUCGUCUUCGGCUCCCAUCUCUAAACCCUGCCUUGUCCCACUCGCUCAUCACAAGCUGCCACCCGACCUGUUAAACAGCCAAUUGAAUAGACAGAUGCUUCAAAUCCACACUCUGAACCCUGGAGGCUCGAGAAGUUUAGAAAUCCGGAAGAAGGUGAAAGAAGGAGUAAGAAGGAAAGAUGGAAUGGACCAAAAGUUAGUGUUUGCCAUGAGUAUCGCUGAGAUUGUGUUUUCCUGCUAUGGGAAAUUGUUCUGUGAGUAUGUAAGCUCGUGUGUAUAAAUCGAAGAGGAUUUUAACUCUGACCAUAGAAAUGUUGAAUGCAACAGUGUAGUCCAGCCGGUGUAACCGAGACCUCUUCACAUAUCUUAUAUGGUGAUAAAUCUUCCAGUCUGUUCCUUUUUAGUCUAUGCUACUCUAA